AUGGAUCCAGGACCCCCCUACCCCCGGACCCCGGACCCCUCUCCCCCGCUUCCCGGACCCUUGACCCCUGAGCCUCGGAUCCCGGACCCCCCUACCCCCGGACCCCAGACCCCUGACCCCCUGAUCCCGGCCCCCGGCCCCCGGCCCCCCCCACCCCCGGGCCCCGACCUCGGCGGGGAGGAGCCGAGCUGUCCCUCCGCCGCUCCCGCCUCCCCUCCCGCCUCCGCUCCCGCCUCCGGUCCCUCGGCCGCGAUGGACGGGUUCCCCGCGCUGGCCCUGGCCUUGGCCCUGCUGGCCCGGGCAGCCCCGCCCGCCGCAGGACGGACCCUGCUGCCUUUCAUGCCCAACGUGUGCCCCAAGCAGGAGGUGACCAUCGUGGGGCACCGGCAGCCCUGCGUCCAGGCUUUCACCAAGAUGACUCAAGUGUGGAAACCAGGCUGCGGGAGGCAGAAUUGGUGCCCCAGCUACGAACGGAGGACGAUUUACUUCAUGGGCUACCGGCAGGUGUACAGCGUGAAAUCCCAGACCGUAUACAAGUGCUGCCCUGGGUGGUCGCAGGUCAGCGGAGAUGCCGGCUGUCUUAACUCUGUGUGCAGCCCGGGUGUCUGUUUCAAUGGAGGAACCUGCGUGGACGGAUCAGCCAAGCGGUGUAGCUGCCCGGUGGGAUUCCAGGGUCUGCGCUGCCAGUAUGACGUGAAUGAGUGUGCCACUGAGAAUGGGGGCUGCGAGGCCCAGUGCCUCAACACCAUCGGCAGCUUCUCCUGCAGGUGUCCUGAUGGCCAGAUGCUCCGGGGCGAUGGGCAGACGUGUGCAGAUGUGGACGAGUGCUUGGUUCACAACGGCGGGUGCCAGCACCGGUGCGUGAACACGCCCGGCUCCUACCACUGCGAGUGCAAACCCGGUUCCCGGCUGCACAUGGAUGGCCGCACCUGCAUCGCCAUCAACUCCUGCACCAUCAACAAUGGCGGAUGCGAGCACAGCUGCCUGCAGAUCACGACCUCCCAGCACCGGUGUCAGUGCCGACCCAACUACCAGCUGCAGGAGGACGGCAAACAUUGCGUCCGGAAGAGCCCGUGUGCUGUCAGGAAUGGUGGCUGCAUGCACAAAUGCCAGGACCACCAUGGGACUGCCCAUUGUGAGUGCCAUGUCGGCUACAGGCUGGCAGCUGACCAGAAAGCCUGCGAAGAUUUGGAUGAAUGCGCUCUGGGACUGGCCUCGUGCUCCCACAACUGCAUCAACACCCCUGGCUCCUUCCGAUGCACCUGCCACCCCGGCUACGAGCUGGGGGCAGACAGCAAGCAGUGCUACCGGAUCGAGAUGGAGAUUGUAAACAGCUGUGAGGUGAACAACGGUGGCUGCGAGCAGACCUGCAGCCACACCAGUGCUGGCCCGCUCUGCAGCUGCAAACCUGGCUUCCUCCUCGACUCGGACCAGAAAACUUGCAACGAUGUCGACGAGUGUGAGACGGGCACUCACUGCUGUGCGCAGAACUGCAUCAAUUAUGCCGGAGGCUACCAGUGCGACUGCCGGACGGGCGAGUGGCUCAACCCCGACGGCUGCACCUGUGACGUGCUGGACAGCCCCACGGAUUCCCUGGAUGCCCCCCUCGUGCGUCCAGCCCCUGCCUUUGAGGUGCUGCGGGAUGGACUGACGCAACUCUUCGGGGAGGAGUAUGACGGCGAGGAGAUGGAGGCACGCGGGGAACACACGUUGUCAGAGAAAUUCGUGUGCCUGGAUGAUACCUUCGGGCCCGACUGCAGCCUGACCUGCGACGACUGCAGCAAUGGCGGCACCUGCAACGAGGAGCUGUCCGGCUGCGACUGCCCAGAGGGCUGGACCGGGCUUAUCUGCAACCAGACUUGCCCCCAGGGCUCCUUCGGGAAGAACUGCAGCUCCACCUGCAGCUGCCAGAAUGGAGGUACCUGCGACGCGGUGACCGGGGCCUGCCGCUGCCCGCCCGGGGUCAGCGGCGAGCACUGCGAGGACGGGUGCCCCAAAGGCUUCUACGGCAAACACUGCAAGAAGAAAUGUAACUGUGCCAGCCGGGGCCGGUGCCACCGGAUUUACGGGGCCUGCCUAUGUGAUCCCGGGCUCUACGGGCGUUUCUGCCACUUGGCCUGCCCCAAGUGGGCCUAUGGCCCCGGCUGCUCUGAGGAGUGCCGUUGCGUCCAGCAGAACACCCGGGAGUGCGACAAGAAGGACGGCCACUGUUCCUGCAAGGCCGGCUACCACGGCAAACUGUGCCAGGCGGAAUGCGACGCCGGCUUCUUCGGCUCCGGCUGUGAGAACCGCUGUGCGUGCCACAACGGGGCAAGCUGUGAUCCUGUGACCGGGGAGUGCCGGAAGCAGUGUCCCGAGGGCUACCAGGGAAAGGACUGCGACCAAGAGUGUCCAGCAGGCCAGUUUGGGGUGAACUGCGCUGGCUCAUGCUCCUGUGGGGGGGCCCCCUGUGACCGGCUCACCGGACGGUGUCUCUGCCCCGCGGGGCGGGCCGGGGCCGACUGCGGCCGAGAUUGUCCGGAAGGCCGCUGGGGACUGGGCUGCCAGGAGAUCUGCCCAGCCUGUGCCAACGGCGCCAGCUGCGACCCGGUGAGCGGAGCCUGCCUGUGCCUCCCCGGGUACGUCGGGAGCCGCUGCCAGGACUUGUGCCCAGCGGGCUGGUUUGGGCAGGGCUGCCAGCUGCGGUGCGCCUGUGGCAAUGAUGGACACUGCCACCCGGUGACGGGGCAAUGCAGCUGUGCUCCUGGUUGGACUGGCUUCAACUGCAGAAGAGCUUGCGACGCCGGGCGCUGGGGCCCUGACUGCAAACACACCUGCAACUGCAGCAACAGCGACGGCAGCUGCAACGCCGCGACAGGGCAGUGCAUCUGCGAAGCCGGCUAUACGGGGCCGCGCUGCGACCAGAGGUGUCCCCAGGGCUGGUUCGGACUGAGCUGCCAGCAGCACUGCCAGUGUGAUAACGGAGCGGCCUGUGACCACGUCAGCGGGGCCUGCACCUGCACAGCCGGCUGGAGAGGGAGCUUCUGUGAGCGGGCCUGCCCCGCUGGCUUCUAUGGGCUGGAGUGUCGGAAGGCCUGCUCGUGUGAGAACGGAGCCCUCUGUGACCACGUGACCGGGGCCUGCCUCUGCCCCGCCGGCUGGCUGGGCCCCAGCUGCAACCAGACUUGCCCGGAGCUCAGUUAUGGAGAAGGCUGUAGCAAGUCCUGCACCUGCUUCAACAAGGCCACCUGCAACCCCAUCACUGGUCAGUGCCAGUGUGCCCCAGGCUGGAUGGGCUCCACAUGCCAACAAGCGUGCCCGCCUGGCCUAUAUGGUGCUGACUGCCGCCAACCCUGCUUGUGCCGCAAUGGCGGGACUUGUGAUCCGGCCACGGGCCACUGUACUUGUCCAGCGGGGUGGGCCGGCCUGGCCUGUGAGCAGGAGUGCGUCGCGGGGAGGUUUGGCGCCAACUGCCAAGAGAGCUGCGGGUGCCUGAACGGAGCUGGUGUGACCGGCACACGGGGCACUGUGUCUGCCCGGCUGGUUGGACCGGAAACAAGUGCCAGAGCCCCUGUGCGAGGGCACGUUUGGGGAGCGCUGCUCAGACAGGUGUGACUGCCGCCAUGGAGUGACCUGCCACCAUGUCACGGGGGCCUGCCGCUGCCCCGCGGGCUGGAGGGGACAACGCUGUGAGAAAGCCUGCCUGCCCGGCUGGUUUGGCCAGGACUGUGCGCAGCGGUGCUCCUGUGCCCCCGACUCCCCCUGCCACCACGUCAGCGGCGAAUGCAGCUGCCCCCCGGGCACCACCGGCCAUGGCUGCG